AUGGGCCGAGGGGGCGGAGCGUCUGCCAAGCUUCGGGAGGGAAAAAGGAACUUUUGGCGGUGGCUUUUGGGCUGAAGACGGGUUGGUUGCGAGGUUAGAGCUCGGUUUUGGGUUUGGGGCCAAUGGCGAGCCUGGGACUGGAAGCGGGAGCCUGGGCUGCGUCUGCACGGUGGAGUUAGUGCGGGUUGGCGCCACUUUAGCGCCGUGGGACCCUGGGAGGUGCGGGCGAGGCCGAAGACCUUCCGGAACUACAGCUCCCAGGGUCCCUUCGCAUCGCGUCAGGCGCUCGAGGCGGUGCCAAGCCGCAUUAACUCUGCCGUGUAGACGCACGCCUUGACCCGGAUUGGGCCCCCUGGUGGAGCUCUGUGUCUCUCCAGCCAGGCGUUCGGAGGCCGAGGGCUGACAUGGAGGAAGAGCGUCCCGCCCGAGAGACAGCCGUCAUCACCGGGGGAUCCGGAUACUUUGGCUUCCGGCUGGGCUGUGCGCUCGCCAGCCAGGGCCUGGACGUGGUCCUCUUUGACGCCUCGGAGCCCCCCCGGCCGCUGCCCGAAGGCGUGCGUUUCGUGCGCGGCGACGUGCGCGACCCCUCUGAGGUGGAGCGGGCACUCCGAGGGGCCACCUGCGUCUUCCACGCCGCGUCCUUCGGGAUGUCCGGGCGGGAGCAGCUCAACCGGAAGCGCAUCGAGGCCGUGAACGUGGGCGGGACGCGCAACGUGCUGCGGGCGGCGCGGGCGGCGGGGGUCCGGCGGCUGGUGUACACCAGCACCUACAACGUGGUCUUCGGGGGGCAGGUGGUCCGAGGCGGGGACGAGUCCUGGCCGUACCUGCCCCUGCGCCUGCACCCCGACCACUACUCCCGCACCAAGGCCCUGGCCGAGAUGGCGGUGCUGGGGGCCGACGGGGCCGGCCGGGAGCCCUUGCGCACCUGCGCCUUGCGGCCGGCCGGCAUCUACGGCCCCGGGGAGCAGAGGCACCUGCCCAGGAUUGUCCGCUACGUCGAGCGGGGCUGGUUCCGGUUCGUGUACGGAGACCCCGAGAGCCGGGUGGACUUUGUGCACGUGGACAACCUGGUGCAGGCGCACCUCUUGGCCGCGGAGGCGCUGGGGCCCGGCAAGGCCCACCGGGCAGCCGGGCAGGCGUACUUCAUUUCCGACGGCCGGCCGGUCAACAACUUUGAGUUUUUCCGUCCGCUGGUGGAAGGCCUGGGCUACCCGUUCCCGGCGCUGCGCCUGCCCCUCGGCCUGGUCUACUUCCUGGCCUUCCUGACGGAGAUGCUGCACCGGGCGGUGGGGCGCCUGUGCGACUUCCAGCCCCUGCUCACGCGCACCGAGGUCUACAAGACCGGCGUGACCCACUACUUCAGCACAGAGAAGGCCCGGAGGGAGCUGGGCUACGAGCCCCGGCAGCACGGCCUCGAGGACGUGGUCCGGUGGUUCCGCUCCCGCGGCCACGGGCGGAGGGCGGGCGGGGGGGCUGCCCCAAGGCGCUGGCACCGGUGCGCGGCGGCGCUGCUGCGGCUCGCUGCUGCGAUCAUCCUUAUGAUUAUCACAUAUUGUAUAUUCAGAUAAUAUUAAUAAUAUUAUUUUGUAAUACAAUACAAUACUAAUCAUACAAUAUAAUAAUGUUAAUUAUAUACAGUAGAUCAGGGGUCCUCAAACUUUUAAAGCAGAGGCCGGUCCACCAUCCUUCAGACUGUUGAGGGGCCGAAUUAUCAUUUGGAAAAAAAAAUUCCUAUGCACACUGCAAAUGUUUUAUUUGUAGUGCAAAAAAAGAAAACCCCAACAAUGAAAGAACAAUACAAUAUUUAAAAAUGAAAACAAUUUUAACCGACAUAAGCCUAUCAGGAUUUCAAUGGGAAGUGUGGGCCUGCUUCUGGCCAAUGAGAUAGUCAAGUUGAUUAGGAUUGUGGUUGUUGUGUGCCUUCAAGUCAUUUCAGACUUUGGGUGAGCCUAAGUCAAAAAUUAUUUAUUCAUUUACUACAUUUAUUUACUACAUUUAUAUCCCGCCCUUCUCACCCCGAAGGGGACUUGGAGCACCUGUAUGUACAUACAAUAUAUAAUAAUAAAUAAUAAUAAGUUUAUUUGUAUCCCGCCUCCAUCUCCCCCGAAGGGGACUUGGGGCGGCUUAUAUUAUUAGCAUAGCACAAUAUUAGCAUUAUAAAUAAUAAUAAUAAUAAUAAUAAUAAUAAUAAUAAUAAUAAUAAUAAUAAACUUUAUAUACCGCCCUAUCUCCCGGAUGGCACUCAGGGCGGUUUCCAAUCAUAAAAACAACACAAACAUUACAUAGCAACAUAAUAACACAUUAUUAAGCAAAGUAAAAAUACAAUUAUAGAAAUAAAUAACGCUGACAUGACCCGAUCAAAGGGAUACCACUAUAUACUAUACAACUAUACUGUAAUAUUAUAUGUAAUAUACAAAUGUAUAUUUGUAUUACAAAUGUAUUAUAUGUAAUUGACAGCAGUGUGUGCGAAAAAGACCUUGGAGUCCUUGUGGACAACAAGUUAAACAUGAGCCAACAAUGUGAUGCGGCAGCUAAAAAAGCCAAUGGGAUUCUGUCCUGCAUCAAUAGGGGAAUAGCGUCUAGAUCCAGGGAAGUCCUGCUCCCCCUCUUUCUAUUCUGCCUUGGUCAGACCACACCUGGAAUCACACUGGGUCCAAUUUUGGGCACCGCAGUUGAAGGGAGAUGUUGACAAGCUGGAAAGCAUCCAGAGGAGGGCGACUAAAAUGAUGAAGGGUCUGGAGAACAAGCCCUAUGAGGAGCGGCUUAAAGAGCUGGGCAUGUUUAGCCUGCAGAAGAGAAGGCUGAGAGGAGACAUGAGAGCCAUGGACAAAUACGUGAAGGGAAGUCAAAGGGAGGAGGGAGGGAGCUUGUUUUCUGCUGCCCUGCAGACUAGGACGCAAGGGAACAAUGGCUUCAAAGGACAGGAAAGGAGAUUCCACCUGAACAUCAGGAAGAACUUCCUCACUGUGAGAAGGGCUGUUCGGCAGUGGAACUCUCUCCCCGGGGCCGUGGUGGAGGCUCCUUCCUUGGAGGCUUUUAAGCAGAGGCUGGAUGGCCAUCUGUCGGGGUGCUUUGAAUGCGAUUUCCUGCCUCUUAGCAGGGGGUUGGACUGGAUGGCCCAUGUGGUCUCUUCCAACUCUACUAUUCUAUGAUUCUAUGAUUCUAUGUAAUAUGUAACAUAUAAUUAAUAUUAUUAUAUGGUAUUAUUAGUAUUAUAUUGUACAACAUGAUAAUAUUAUUAACAAUAUUAUAUGUAUAUACAAUAUAUUAUUAAAACUGAUAUAAAAAUAUAUUAUAAAACUGAGGGCAGGGGCCAGGUCAAUGACCUUGGAGGGCCUUAGUUUGGGGACCCCUGCAGUAGAGUCUCACUUAUCUAUGUUAAUUUUAUCAAUAUUUGUAUGUAUGUAUUUUUAUCCUUUACAAUUUUAUCUUGUAAAUCGCCUAGAGCAUCUUGGAUGGAGGGCGAUUAAUAAGUAAUUAAAUGAUGAUGAUGAUUUAUCCAAGCUAAAGGGGCCGGCAGAAGCUUGGAUAAGCGAAUAUGUUCGAUAAGAAAGAGGGAUUAAGGAAAAGCCUAUUAAACAUCCAAUUAGGUUAUGAUGUUACAAAUUAAGCGCCAAAACAUCAUGCUAUACAACAAAUUUGACAGAAAACGUAGUUCAAUACGCAGUAAUGUUAUGUUGUAAUUACUGUAUUUACGAAUUUAGCACCAAAAUAUCAUGAUAUAUUGAAAACAUUGACUACAAAAAUGGCUUGGGUUAUCCAGAACCUUGGAUAAGCAAGUCUUGGAUAAGUGAGACUCUACUGUAUUAUAUAUUACAUGUAUAUAUAAUAUAGAGAUAUAAUACAAUAUGGUAAUUUAUUGCCAGUAUUGUGCUAUGCUAAUAUAAUAUUGUAUGUACAUUUAAUUUGUAAGCUGCUCUGAGUCCCCUUCAGGGCGAGAAGGGCGGGAUAUAAAUGUAUGUAAAUAAAUAAAUCAAUAAAUGAUGCUUUGGCGAUGGCCAUUUGCAUAGUACGGACCCAUUGAGAUGGGUGCCUAUGGCUGUUUGGCUUUAUCAUCAGCUGUGAUAACAAUAAAAGGCUUGUUUUAUUGCUCUCUUGGAA